AGAGGCGGCGUAAGAAACCGAGCCAGAGUUCGGCUGAUUCAACAGAGAGGAGUGGGCGGCAUGGAUCUCAGAUACCCCGAGCCUGAGAGGGACCAGACCAGGGUGGAUGAUUAUCAUGGGAUUAAGGUACCAGAUCCUUAUGCCUGGCUUGAAGAUCCUAAUAGUGAACAGACCAAGGCAUUUGUUGAAGCCCAGAACAAGCUAACAAUGCCUUUCCUGGAAAAGUGCACAGUCAAGAACAAGCUCAAGGAGCGGAUGACUGAACUAUUUGACUACCCCAAAUAUGGCUGCCCUUGCAGGAAAGGGAAGCGGUAUUUUUACUUCCACAACUCUGGGCUACAGAACCAGUAUGUGUUGUAUGUCCAGGAUUCCCUGGAUGGAGAGGCUCGAGUGUUUCUGGAUCCUAACAAAUUGUCCGAGGAUGGGACUGUGGCCUUAACGAUGCUGGCAUUCUCUGAUGACGAUGAGUACUUGGCAUAUGGACUCAGCAAGAGUGGCUCUGAUUGGAACACAAUCAAAUUUCUGAAGGUUGAAGGUCCUGAAGAUUUGCCAGACACUCUGGAAAAGGUGAAGUUUAGCUGCCUGUCCUGGACUCACGAUGGGAAAGGUGUCUUCUACAACCGGUACCCUGAGCAAGACGGCAGUACAGAUGGCACUGAAACCACAUCUAACAUUCAUCAGAAACUUUACUACCAUGUGCUUGGCACUGACCAGUCAGAUGAUAUCCUGUGUGCAGAAUUCCCAGAUAAUCCCAAAUGGACUGGAGGAGCCAAGGUUUCUGAUGACGGUCGCUAUGUAGGGUUAUAUAUUCGAGAUGGUUGUCAACCUAAGAACCAGGUCUGGUACUGCGAUCUGCACCUGCUACCAAAUGGCAUAACCGGCCUCUUACCCUGGGUUAAACUGAUCGACAACUUUGAUGCAGAGUACAGUUACGUUACAAACGAAGGGCCCGUAUUCACGUUUAGGACUAACCUUGAUGCCCCUCGCUAUCGAGUCCUCAACAUUAACCUCGAGCAGCCAGCUCCUUCACAAUGGAAGCAGCUUAUUCCCCAGCACCCGAAGGAUGUCUUGGAUUGGGCAACAUGCGUUAAUUACAAAUACCUGGUCGUCAACUACUUAAAGGAUGUGAAGGACAUCCUCCAGCUGUAUGACCUUGCCACCGGAACCUUCCUUAAAGACCUCCCAUUAGAUGUUGGCAGCAUUGGUGGAUAUAGUGGGCGAAAGAAGAACACAGAAAUCUUCUAUCAGUUCACCUCCUAUCUGGCGCCAGGAAUCAUCUACCACUGUGACCUGACGAAGGAAAUUCUGGAACCCAAAGUUUUCAGGGAGGUGGAGAUCAAAGGUUUCAAUUUCUCUGAAUAUCAGACAGUUCAGGUUUUUUACUCAAGUAAAGAUGGAACUAAGAUCCCAAUGUUUAUUGUCCACAAGAAAGGUAUCAAACGAGAUGGUUCCCAUCCAGUAUUCCUGCAUGGCUAUGGAGGAUUCAAUCAUUCACUAACUCCCUACUACAACGUUGCAUACCUGAUUUUUGUUCGGCACCUGGGUGGGAUCGUUGCUGUGGCCAAUAUACGAGGAGGAGGAGAGUAUGGAGAAAAUUGGCACCAAGCUGGGAUCCUGGGCAAGAAGCAGAAUUGUUUCGAUGAUUUUCAGUGUGCAGCGGAGUACCUGAUCCAGGAGGGGUACACGUGCAAAGAGAAACUCACCAUCAAUGGAGGCUCCAACGGGGGCCUGUUGGUCGGAGCGUGUGUGAACCAGCGACCUGAUCUGUUUGGUUGUGCAGUUGUUGAAGUCGGUGUGAUGGACAUGCUCAAAUUCCACAAAUAUACCAUUGGCCAUGCCUGGACCUCUGACUAUGGCAGUUCCGAUAACAAGGAGCAGUUCAAUUGGUUGAUUAAGUAUUCUCCGCUCCAUAAUGUCAAGAUACCAGAGGGAGGGGUCCAGUACCCAGCCAUGUUGCUGCUGACUGCUGAUCAUGAUGACCGUGUGGUGCCCCUUCACUCUCUGAAGUACAUUGCCACAGUGCAGCACGUGGUGGGGCGCAGUAGCCAACAGAAAAACCCUCUCCUAAUCAGGAUUGACACCAAAUCGGGACAUGGAGCUGGAAAACCCACUACCAAGGUGAUUGAGGAAGAGUCAGACAUCUUAGCCUUUGUGGCUGAGACCCUGCAUUUGGACUGGGUGGAGUGAAGCAGUUCUAUCCUGAUUUGAAGUCCAAUCAAUUACAGCUUUUUAAAAAGUGAAA